CUCUCACUUUUUGUCAUGUCUGUGGUCUUCAUUAACGGCCUUCUGCGACACCCUCCCUCUACUCGGCGGUUUGGUGCAUGCUGCGUACCCGUAGCCCAGGAGGAGGUAGUAGAAGUAGAAGUAGCCCCUGAGGCGGAGGCCCAGGUAGAAGCAGAGCCAGAGGUAGAGCCUGAACCAGAACCAGAGCCCGAGGAGGUGCAGCAGGUGGUUCAUGAAGAGGAAGACGCCUAUGAAGAGGAAGAUGACGAGGGCGAUCAAGAUGAGGAGAAGCCAAAGUUCAAACCCUCUGCUCCCAAGAUCCCUGAUGGUGAGAAAGUGGACUUUGAUGACAUCCAGAAGAAACGCCAAAACAAGGACCUGUAUGAGCUGCAGUCGCUGAUCGACGCUCACUUUGAGUGCAGGAAGAAGGAGGAGGAGGAGCUCCUAGCACUCAAAGACAGAAUUGAGAAGCGUCGCGCAGAGCGAGCUGAGCAGCAGAGGAUUCGUUCUGAGAAGGAUAAAGAGAGGCAGGCCAGGCGAGAGGCUGAGCGGCAGAAAAGGGAGGAGGCAGACGCCCACAGGAAGAUGGAGGAUGAAGCCAAGAAGAAGAACGCGCUGAGCAGCAUGGGAUCAGGCUACAGCAGCCACCUGCAAAAGAUUGAAGGGAGGAGAGGCAAGAAGCAGACUGAAAGAGAAAAGAAGAAAAAGAUCAUGGCAGAGAGAUGCAAACCUCUGGACCUUGGUGAUUUCAGCGAUACAGAUCUAAGGGAAAAGGCGAAGGAGCUGUGGAAGUGGCUGCAUGACCUGGAGGCGAUUAAAUAUGACCACUGCGAGAAGCUCAAGAGACAGAGAUACGAGGUGAUCUCUCUCAGGAACCGCAUUGAUGAGCUGCAGAAACACAGCAAAAAGGGAGCCGCCUCACGCCGCAGGAAGUGAGCGGCUGUAGAUUGCUGGUCAGCCCUAACAGGAGCCGCCUUCCCUCGGCUACAACAGCGGCUCAGACCACAUAGAGACCCGGAGCUCCGGAACAACUGGACGUCUUAGUUUCUGCUGGAGUGUUCUGGAUGAAUUUAGCUUAAAUAAAGACAUUUUAAAAAAUAUCA